CUCAUGGUGCCCAGACGUCCUGGCUAUGGCACCAUGGGCAAACCCAUUAAACUGCUGGCCAACUGCUUCCAAGUUGAAAUCCCAAAGAUUGAUGUCUACCUCUAUGAGGUGGAUAUCAAACCAGAUAAGUGUCCUCGGAGGGUGAACAGGGAAGUGGUGGACUCAAUGGUGCAGCAUUUUAAAGUGACAAUAUUUGGGGACCGUAGACCAGUUUAUGAUGGGAAAAGAAGCCUCUAUACAGCCAAUCCUCUUCCUGUGGCCACUACUGGGGUGGAUUUGGAUGUGACAUUACCAGGAGAAGGUGGAAAAGAUCGUCCCUUCAAAGUGUCAAUAAAGUUUGUUUCUCGGGUGAGCUGGCACUUGCUGCAUGAAGUUUUGACAGGAAGAACCUUGCCUGAGCCUCUGGAACUAGACAAACCCAUCAGCACUAACCCUGUUCAUGCUGUCGAUGUGGUGCUACGACACCUACCCUCCAUGAAGUAUACCCCUGUGGGCCGCUCCUUUUUCUCAGCUCCAGAAGGCUAUGACCACCCCUUGGGUGGGGGUAGAGAGGUCUGGUUUGGAUUCCAUCAGUCUGUUCGACCUGCUAUGUGGAAGAUGAUGCUCAAUAUUGAUGUUUCUGCCACUGCCUUCUACAAAGCACAGCCUGUAAUUCAGUUUAUGUGUGAAGUUCUUGACAUUCAUAAUAUCGAUGAACAACCAAGACCUCUGACUGAUUCUCAUCGGGUAAAAUUCACCAAAGAGAUAAAAGGUCUAAAGGUAGAAGUGACUCACUGUGGGACGAUGAGGAGGAAAUACCGUGUUUGUAACGUAACGAGAAGGCCGGCAAGUCAUCAAACCUUUCCUUUGCAGUUAGAAAAUGGCCAGACUGUGGAGAGAACCGUAGCACAGUAUUUCAGAGAGAAAUACAACCUCCAGCUGAAAUACCCUCAUCUUCCUUGCCUUCAAGUGGGACAAGAACAGAAACACACCUACCUGCCUUUAGAAGUAUGUAACAUUGUAGCUGGCCAGCGGUGCAUCAAGAAGCUGACGGACAAUCAGACAUCGACCAUGAUCAAGGCCACGGCGAGAUCUGCUCCCGAUAGGCAAGAGGAAAUAAGCAGACUGGUGCGAAGUGCAAAUUACGACGCAGACCCAUUUGUUCAAGAGUUCCAGUUCAAAGUCCGGGAUGAGAUGGCCCACGUGACGGGGCGCGUGCUCCCAGCCCCGAUGUUGCAGUAUGGAGGACGGAAUCGAACGGUGGCAACCCCGAGCCAUGGAGUAUGGGACAUGCGAGGGAAGCAGUUUCACACUGGUGUUGAGAUCAAAAUGUGGGCUAUAGCUUGCUUUGCCACACAGAGACAGUGCAGAGAAGAAAUACUGAAGGGUUUCACAGACCAGCUGCGCAAGAUCUCCAAGGACGCAGGGAUGCCGAUCCAAGGGCAGCCCUGCUUCUGCAAGUACGCCCAGGGUGCCGACAGCGUGGAGCCCAUGUUUCGACACCUCAAGAACACCUAUUCGGGGCUUCAGCUCAUCAUUGUCAUCCUGCCAGGGAAAACCCCGGUGUACGCGGAGGUGAAGCGUGUGGGAGAUACGCUGUUGGGAAUGGCCACACAGUGUGUUCAAGUCAAGAACGUCAUUAAAACAUCUCCACAGACCCUAUCAAAUCUGUGCCUGAAGAUUAAUGUUAAACUGGGAGGAAUCAACAACAUCCUUGUACCUCAUCAACGACCUUCUGUGUUCCAGCAGCCAGUGAUCUUUUUGGGAGCCGAUGUCACUCAUCCUCCUGCUGGAGAUGGAAAGAAGCCUUCCAUUGCUGCUGUUGUAGGUAGUAUGGAUGCUCAUCCAAGCCGGUACUGUGCCACGGUGAGAGUUCAGCGACCCCGGCAGGAAAUCAUCCAAGAUCUCGCCUCCAUGGUGAGAGAGCUUCUCAUCCAGUUCUACAAGUCCACGCGGUUCAAGCCCACACGUAUCAUCUUCUAUAGGGACGGGGUGUCUGAAGGACAGUUUCGACAGGUUUUGUAUUAUGAACUGCUGGCCAUUAGAGAAGCCUGCAUCAGUUUGGAGAAGGAUUACCAGCCUGGAAUAACCUAUAUUGUGGUGCAGAAACGACAUCACACGCGAUUGUUCUGUGCUGACAGAACAGAAAGGGGUACCAGCCGUCCCUCACACUAUCAUGUUUUGUGGGAUGAUAACUGUUUUACUGCAGAUGAACUUCAGCUGCUGACUUACCAGCUCUGCCACACAUAUGUGCGCUGCACACGAUCGGUUUCUAUACCUGCACCAGCGUAUUAUGCUCACCUGGUAGCAUUCAGAGCACGAUAUCAUCUUGUGGACAAAGAACACGACAGUGCCGAAGGCAGCCACGUGUCGGGACAGAGCAACGGGCGAGAUCCGCAGGCCCUGGCGAAGGCCGUACAAAUUCACCAAGACACCUUACGCACGAUGUACUUCGCUUAAGUCAAUACAGCGGCGCGUCCUCACGGAACGGAAGAACUGAGAAAUUAAGCCACAUACAGUGUAUGUUUCCAGUGGGGUUGGUUUAUGGGGUGUGCCUCCGAUCGUGCGGGGCCAGAGGCUAACCCUUAAAUUGACGCGAGGAAGAUUGUUUACUUCACCGAGGAACACACGCACUAUUAUGCAAUAUGAAACCAGCCAACUGCUUUUUUGGCGCGGUCUCCUGUAGGAAGCACCGCCAUCAUUUUUAUUUUUAUUUUAUUUUUUUUAAUUUCUCAUAGUUUAACCCUCUUAUGCCUUUACCUCAAGUUGCUCGGCAGCACAACUAUCUUUGCAAAAAAAAUAAUAAAACAAAAAAAUCGAGGGUGUAAUUUAAAAAAAAUAAG